AUGGUCGGGAAAAGUUGUGGUUCUGUAAUUGAUAUGAGUGAAUUGCUUUUUUUGCUUACUACAAACAUACUAUGUGAGGUGGCCUUUGGACAGAAAAAUGAUGAUAUAAAGUUUAAGAAUGUAUUCGUAAAAUCUCAAAUCCUACUUGGCGGUUUCGAUAUAGGGAACUAUAUUCCAUGGCUAUCAUGGGUGAAUUGGUUGCGUGCCGGAGAAGCAAAUGAAAUUGUUAAAGAUUAUGAUGAGUUUCUUGAUGGUGUUAUCGACGAGCAUGAAAAUAAAAGCACAAAGGCGGAUCUUACUAAUGGUGAACAGAAUGAAGUACGUGAUUUAGUUGAUAUCUUACUUCAUGUUCAAAAGGAAAACAAACUCAAAUUUAAAUUUGGGAGAGAUACCAUUAAAGCCAUCAUCUUUAAAUUUAACCCGGAAAGGUUUUUAAAUAGUUCUAUCGACUAUAAAGGAUUCGACUUUGAAUUGUUACCUUUUGGUGCUGGUCGAAGAGGAUGUCCUGGUAUUGAUUUUGCUACGGUAAUCAAUGAUCUUGCUAUAGCAAAUAUAGUUCUCAAGUAUGAUUUAGCAUUGCCAAAUGAAGGUAAACCCGAAGAAUUAGACAUGAGUGGAACUUCUGGAUUGACUGUUCAUAAGAAGUCCCAUCUACUUGUUGUGCCUUCUUCUCGUUUAGAGUAA